AUGCCGGGGUUCGGUACGUGUAAUGCAAAUGCAGGACAGGCGGAUCGUGUAUAAUUCAUGACAAGACGAUAGCGCCAUUGACUAGCGAAGCCGUAAAAUCCCUGAGAAGACGAUGCUUACAUAGUAGAGCGGAGUGUGUUUUUAUUCCUCUCGAUUCGGGCGAUGAUGUCGUCGCAUUGCCCUGUUCAUUUAUACCGAAAUAGGACGGAAUUUACUUAUUCAGUUUAGGCCUAAUGUAAACACAUACACACGCGAACACACGAGAAAUCCCUGCUUGGGAGACAUUAGAACUGCAUGGUGCAGUAUAAAUUGGUGGUGACAUCGUUAAAUUUUUCAUGUCUGUUGAAUCUACUUGAGACCUGCAGUACAAAAAAAAUCAGAUAUACUCCACUUACUUGCUUGAGUCAUUGUCUUGUAACCCUGUAACCAUUGGCUUGAUUUUGUUUUGGUGUUCAAGACUCUGAUAAUUGUCAGCAUACGAACACACUUUGGGUCAGAAAAGAUGGCGAGACGGUAUCCGCUCUCUGCCAAGAUACCGUGCCUCAGAACCCUUACCUCCGUUGCUGCCGUGCUGCUGCUCGUUUCUCUGCAUUCUGGGGCUGCCGAGAUUUCUGAGGAACUGAUCACCAGAUGGAAGGAUGCAAGCAGGAGGCAAGAAGAACACAACGCAGACUUCGAUGAGCAGGAAAUGGGUAUCGUGACUAUGAAUCUAGAGAUAGAAUAUUCCACCGCAUCAAAGAAGGGUGUUGCUCCAGAGGGCAGAAAAGUCUCAUGUUUAAACAAACACAUCUCGGAAGACGAUGGUGAAAUCCACAUAGUUGGUUUCAAGCCUGAAUCACGAGACAGGAGUGUGGAUAAGAUAAUUCUGUACGGCUGUCCUCAACUUGCAACUGGACAAUCUGUCAAGUAAGCACAAGCUACAGUC